CUGUUCCCCAUCUUUUUCUAUAAAACCCACCAACCUCUCUCUCUCUCUCUCUCUCUCUCUCUCUCUACCUCACCAAACUUAACUCUCAUACCCACAUGCUAGUCUCCUCUAUUAUUCCAUUUCGAAGAAGGAUUCUUCUUGCUCCCGAAUCCCCUCUUAGCUUCUUCAUUCCUUAAAGGCCCAUUUACAGUUUCUCUUGAUGAGAGAGAAGAGACCUGAAGCUUUGUAAUGGGUAUGAUGAGCUCAAUGAGGCUGUCUCUGCUGCUGCUUCUUGCUCUCAAAUGGGGUUUCAUCUUUGUGCCUUCUCACUCCUUUUUAUACAAUGAGGUUUUGGCACUGAAAGCUAUCAAGAAAGCUAUAUUUGAAGAUCCACUCUCGGUUUUAUCCGAUUGGAAUCCUGAUGGAGAUCCUUGCAACUGGUCUGGUGUUAUUUGCUCAAAAUAUCAUGAUCAUGUGCUUUCCUUAAAUCUUUCCCAUUCAUCUUUAAAAGGAUUUCUCGCACCGGAACUUGGCUCUUUGAGCUCACUACAAGAACUAAUUUUGGACAACAAUUAUCUCCUCGGCACAAUACCCAAACAAAUUGGUGAAUUGAAAAACCUUACUGUGUUGGACUUGAGUGUGAAUCGGUUCUCAGGCCCUAUUCCUCCAGAGGUUGGAAACUUGACCAACAUUAGGAAAAUAAACCUGCAAUCAAAUGGCUUGACUGGUAACUUGCCCCCUGAGCUUGGUAAGCUGAUGUCCCUUGUUGAGCUACGGUUAGAUAGGAACAGACUCCAUGGGCCUGUUCCUGGUAGCAACCAAGCAAACGUCUUUGCUAGUAUGCAUGGAUUAUCUGCCUCUCAUACUAAUAAAACCGGUCUUUGCUGGCUACCUGAGCUAAAAGUUGGAGAUUUCUCAUAUAACUUUUUUGAUGGAAAAAUACCAUCAUGCUUGCUGCAUCUCCCAAGAUCAAGUUUCCAAGGAAACUGCUUCCAGGAUAAACACUCUAGCUUGCAGAGAUCUUCUCAAAUGUGCAAUGGUGGUUCUGCCAAAAAACAUGGAGGAGGAAAAUAUAAAUAUAAACAUUUCAAUGAAGAAUCUAAGCGUCGGCAACCUGAAUGGCUUCUAAUAAUGGAAGUUACAACAGGAGUUCUUAUAAUAGUUUUCUGUAUCACUGCUACAAUCACUGCUCUUAUUAGAUGCAGUGCGAAACCCUGUGCCAAAAUCCCAUGGAAAAAAACCACAAAUUGGAAAGAUCAGAUGGCAGUCACACCUGAUGGUGAGAUGCUAAAGAAUGUGUCAAAGUUUAGCCGGCAGGACCUUGAAGUAGCUUGUGAAGAUUUCAGCAACAUUAUUGGCUCAUCUCCAAACUGUAUAGUGUAUAAAGGCACUAUUAAAGAUGGGCUUGAAAUUGCUGUCGUAUCUCUUUGUAUCUCAGAAGAUCAGUGGACAAACUAUUUUGACUUCUACUUUCAGACCAGGGUUGCAGAUCUGGCGCGGAUAAAUCACGAGAAUACUGCAAGAUUACUUGGGUAUUGCAAAGAGAGCGACCCAUUGUCAAGAAUGCUCGUCUUUGAAUAUGCAUCUAAUGGAACACUGUAUGAGUACCUUCACUAUGGCGAGGGAUACCAAUUAUCUUGGCUUAGACGCAUGAGAAUUGUAUUGGGUAUUGCUCGUGGGCUAAGGUACUUGCACACCGAGCUGCAGCCACCAUUUGCGUUUUCCGAAUUAAAUUCAAGUACAGUUUACCUUACUGAAGACUUUUCUCCAAAGGUUGUUGAUUUUGACAGCUGGAAAAUGAUAUGUUCGAAAUCCGAGAAGAAUUAUGGAGGUUCUCUUCAUAGUUUCUUUGGCUCUUUUGGGCAGCGACAGAUGGAUAUCCAGGGAAAUACAUUUUCAUUUGGGGUUCUUCUACUAGAAAUUAUCAGUGGAAGGCCUCCUUAUUGCAAAGACAGAGGUCGUUUAGUGGAUUGGGCAAUGGAGAAUUUGCAUCAUCCAGAGGAUAUAAUCAAGCUUGUAGACCCCGAACUGAAAAAUGUCAAGCUCGAUGACCUUGAAGUAAUUUGUAGUGUUGUUAGCCUCUGCAUUGAACCUGAUCCCUCUAAGAGACCAUCAAUGCAAAUAAUAAGUGGAGUUCUCGAAAAUGGAAUUGACACUUCAGAGGAUGCCAUUUUGAGGGAUUCAUCUUUGGCCUGGGCAGAGCUAGCGUUAUCGUCGUAGUUAUAGUGUAUUACACUGUAAAUUUACAAUAUAUGCAUGAAAUACCUUGUUUCAUAUUUUUUUUUCUCCUUUUUUUUGUUACUUGGGGUUUUACAAAUGGAUAUCAGAGGCAAAUUUUCUUGCAUACGUUUGUUUGGUGAAUUAACAUUGAGAUUGUUGUAUAAAGGAUAGUUUCUUGGUUUUCUGAUUCUUACCAUAUUUCAUUAGCUUUGUUCUUAGACAAGUUACUUAUGAGAGUGAUAUUGAAAGUUGUAAAUUAUAAAGAA